AUGCCGUUGGAUUACGACGAUUUAGAAACGGAUAAUUCAGAUGGAGAAAAGAAAGUAUUCGAAGGUGAAAGUUCUGUGGACUUAGAUUACAAGUCUAAUAUUGAACUUGCAAAAACCACUUUAAAUGUAAAUGUGCAAGAUGACAAAAUGUUACAGGAAAAGACUACAGAAGACUCCUCGGCGUCACCAGACAAUAAUGAUAACUACUUCAGAGAAAUAUCUUUUGACAAUUUUCAUUUUAUUAAGAAAGAAACUUCUAAUGAGGACUGUCAAUUUGAUGAAAAUAAAUUGGAAGAUGUCUGUGAAAUUAUUGAAAAAGAUCUAAACACAAGCCGCAUUAAAGAGGAGAAAGAAAGGCUAGAAAAGGCAUUGCGGGAUGAUAGUUUUUCAGCUUCUUCACCUCCCCAGCAUGUCCCCCAGCAAGGAUCUAUACCAUCUUCGUCACCUCCAUCUCUAUAUAAUCCAGAGUUAAAUGACAUUUUAGGGAACCUUUUAAAGCCAGACAUUACUUUACCCCCACGGCCAACUCAUAACCAGCCACAGUUCUUGCCCCAGCAACCACCAAUAACGACUUGUCCACAGCCACAUCAACCAAUUCUGGUAAAUUCGAACCAUCAUCAAUUCACGCAGCAGCAGGAGCAGCAGCAGCCACCACCACCACCACCACCACAAGCACAAAUUGUGACAAGUUCAAGCCAUAUACCAUAUAGUCUGCCACCUCAGCAGGCAAAUGUCUUGAGCAAUGCUCCUACCCAGCAACAGUACCCUGUACAACAGAUAUCAACAACAGGAAAUCAACACCAAUAUGUUGUUCCAGAGCCGCCGAUUUACAGCCACUCGCAGCAGCCAGUCCAAAGUUCUAGCCUAUUAGGUUACAACCAACAAAAUCAGCAAAGUGCAAAUUCAACAGCUUCAAAUCAACACUUCACUUCUCAACAACAGACGCAAAUGAUUCAGAGCAGUAAACCAUACUCUGUUGCACUACAACCAGUUGCAUCCAGCCAACAGCAUUUUCCCCUUGCUCAACAGACACAAGUCACCAAUCAAACACAUUAUGCUGUACAACCACAACAACAAUCACAAAUUAUAACCUCCACUUCAAACCAACAUUAUAUGCUGUCACAGCAUCAAAGCUUAGCCACACCAAAACAACAGUUUGCUAAUUCCCCACAUCAACAACGUGUAACAGCCUCUCAGAGUCAUGUGACAGGAUGCGCUAUUCAGCCUCCACAACCAGCAAUCCAACAAUUGACCCCUGGAUUGCCUGUUACAACUGCAUCUGACCAAGAUGUCAAUGCCACACCUCCCACCUCUUCCAACAAUGCUGUGAUAAUUCUUGCCCAGCCUGCAAAUUCUCCAAAUUCAAUCAUGCUGGUACCAACGACAAACUCUCCGCUUAUUUACAUACCCCAGAUUCCUGUGACAACUAAGAACAAAACGGUGAGAUCAACCCCACGAGUCAUUUUACCUAAACCUGCUAAUAGUGAGCCUAAUGGAAAUCCAGUAGACCUUAAAAAACUCUCUGCUCAGACUGGGAAGGGUCGACGUGAGAAAGAAAAAUCAUCACAGCCAAGUGAAUCUCCAGGCCAGGGUAACUUGAGUGUAGCACGUCGAUGUGUAGCUGGUAUGAAAGAAGAUGAUCUUGAGAAUACAGAUCAAGAAGGGGACAAUUACUUACAUGUUGCCGUUUGUAGAACUGAUGUAUACAUGGUUGAAGCCCUAUUGGAGCGAUUGAACCGAUCUAGUAAACUAGACAUGAUUAACAGACAAAAUCAUGCACAGCAGACUCCUGUUUAUUUGGCUGUCUCUGCAAAUCAGCCUGCGAUGGUUCAUAAACUAAUUCGUUAUGGUGCUGAUGUCAACAUUAAAGGAAUGAUGCAAGGUUACCAACAUGAGAGGUUGGAACGUGCUCCUAUCCAUUGUGCUGCAUCCCAGGGCAAAGAAUAUUAUGAUACACUAAAAGAACUAUUUACAUCACCUGUGAUUGAUCCUGACAUUUUAAAUUCUGAUGGUCUGAGUGCUCUUCACUGUGCUAUUAUUGAGCAUGGUAAAUUGGUUCCUAACCAGAAGUUCCAAAUGACCAAGAUUGAUAAUUGUCAGAAUGUUGCUCUGCUUCUUAAGAACAAGGCCAAUCCCAAUCUCCAAGACAGAUGCAGUGGCAAAACACCUCUGAUACCUGGCGAAAGCUGCACAACUUUCUCUCAAAUGUUAAUUAAUUUCAUUAUUCUAGAGGAAAUGGUGUUGAUUCAAUGGAAGGAAGCCAUUUCUUUGUCUCAAGUAUUGAAACAAAUGUUAAAACAUUGCCUGGUCAUUUUGUCUUGUAGAUAA